CGUGACACAGCACACACAGAAAGACAAAGUCCAUUUGGAUGGAAGUGAGAGCGGAGUGACAGGGGCCAUUUUGACUCUGUAGCCAAAGGAAAUGACUGGUCUGACGGGGUCUGGGAGCCGGGGUACCCAGGGUCUGGGACCAUGACAGCCAUGUUUCUCACAGAUGACCCCAGAUUUCUGCACUCUGGGCAGUAUGUCAGGUGCCACUGGACUUGAUCUGACACCCUUUACCUAAAGGAUGGCCAAAGGGCUCUUGGUGACCUAUGCCCUUUGGGCUGUAGGAGGCCCUGCUGGGCUCCACCACCUGUACCUGGGGAGGGACACUCAUGCACUGCUCUGGAUGCUUACCCUGGGGGGUGGCGGGCUGGGCUGGCUCUGGGAAUUCUGGAAGCUCCCGAGCUUUGUAGCUCAGGCCAACAGACCCCAGAGGCAGAGGCAGAGCUCAGUAGGGAGGACACCCCCUCUCAGUUUCAUUCGCUUUGUUGCCCAGGUGAUAGUGGGCAUCUAUUUUGGCCUGGUGGCUCUCAUUAGCCUUUCUUUCAUGGCCAACUUCUAUAUUGUGGGCCUUCCACUGGCAGUUGGCUUAGGGGUCUUGCUUGUGGCUGCUGUUGGCAACCAGACCUCAGACUUUAAGAAUACGCUAGGGGCAGCAUUUCUUAUUUCCCCUAUCUUUUACGGCCGCCCCAUAGCCAUCCUUCCCAUCAGCUUGGCUGCCAGCAUCACAGCCCAGAAGCAUCGCCGCUAUAAGACUUCAGUUGGGUCAGAGACACUCAGUGUCCGGCUCUACCGUCUGGGCUUGGCUUACCUUGCUUUCACAGGCCCACUAGCCUACAGCACCUUCUGCAACACAGCAGCCACCCUUAGCUAUGUGGCAGAGACCCUUGGCUCCUUUUUGAGUUGGUUCAGCUUCUUCCCCCUCCUUGGCCGCAUCACAGAGUCUGUCUUCCUUCUGCCUUACCGGAUCUGGAGGCUGCUGGUGGGCGAUCCUGGUUUCAGCAACAACUCCUUCCGUGAGUGGGAGAAGCUCUAUGAGUUUGUUAACAGUUUUCAGGAUGAGAAGCGUCAGCUGGCUUACCAGGUUUUGAGUGUCUCAGAGGGGGCAACAAAUGAAGAAAUACAUCGAAGAUACCGGGAGCUAGUGAAGAUCUGGCACCCUGAUCACAACCGACACCAGACAGAGGAGGCUCAGAGGCACUUCCUGGAGAUCCAGGCUGCAUAUGAAGCCCUGAGUCAGCCCAGAAAGCCCAAGGGAUCCUGGAGGUGAGAAGAAAUUGCCCCUUGAGGGUGGACUCUUCCUGGCAGAGCUGAGCAGCUUGUCCCAACCCAGCUUUGCCCACACAGGUCAUCCCAACAGCAUUGAAGAACUGGUCUGUUUGCAGUGGAGAUGAGAAAACCUUAAAGGAGUGAGAAAGCUAUUGUAGUGGAAUAACGUUUCUAUUUUGAAUUUCUCAAUUGUCGGUUAUUGUAUUCCUGAUAAGUUCUUCCUAAAACUAGAUAGUGAAAUUAAAGGCAUGUUAUAAAACCAAUAAAAUAUCUUUUAGAGAAUAUACAACCUUGCCCACCCUGGUACA